GAGUCAGAAACUAUACAUUGUUUUCCUUUAAAAAGGCGUAUACAUUUAUACCAUAUUUUGUCCGAAACGAUGGCAUAUCACCAGGGUGGAAUGCCAGAUCAGCAAUUCCUUUGGGAUGUUUUUCAAAGGGUGGACAAAGAUAGAAGCGGUCACAUUUCAGCAGAUGAGCUACAAGUUGCCCUUUCUAAUGGUACAUGGUCUGCAUUUAAUCCUGAAACUGUGCGUUUAAUGAUUGGAAUGUUUGAUCGCGAAAACAGAGGAACAGUAUCUUUUCAAGAUUUUGGAGCCCUGUGGAAAUAUGUGACAGAUUGGCAGAAUUGCUUUCGUUCAUUUGACCGGGACAAUUCGGGAAAUAUUGACAAAAAUGAACUUAAGACAGCACUAACUUCAUUUGGGUACCGUUUAUCUGAUCACCUCGUAGACGUUUUACUCCGAAAAUUUGAUCGUUUUGGACGAGGCACUAUUCUUUUUGAUGAUUUCAUACAGUGUUGCAUUGUUCUUUACACAUUGACAACGGCUUUCCGGCAACAUGAUACUGAUAUGGAUGGCGUCAUAACAAUACAUUAUGAGCAAUUUUUGAGCAUGGUUUUUUCUUUAAAAAUAUAAUAGUGUAUUUAAAAAG